GUUUCUCUGAUUUGGGAGUUCUGGUUGUCCUGGGAGCAAGUGUGUCCUCUGCCCUCUUCUUGUACCCCCUUGGGGUGGGGUGCUCCCUCAGAGUGAGCAGCCGCUGUCUUGACUGCCAGAGGAGGGGAGUAGGAAAAGAUUAUGGACAAAGCAGACCCCGUGAAUGAACUGUGCUCAAGUCCAAAUGUACAGCCUGACACUUGGAAGGCCCUUCCACAGCUGGCUGCCUUUCCCGUGGACCCCGCUCCCACCUUACCCAGGUCGCUCUGGAAGGCGCAAUCUCAGCGCCCAGGGCGGCGCCGAGCCGGAGGAGGCAGUGCUGGUGAAUAAUUCAUGGAGCUGGGAGGCCCUUAUCUCCCUGGCCGGCCCCACCCGGGGCCCUUGCACUGGGCCGCCGUCCCGCGGCUCCUCGCUUUAUCUCGACGCCCAGCUUGUAAUGCAGCCCGCCAUAUCACAGGCAGAAGGGGAGAUUAAUUUUCUGGUUUUGCAUGGGCGGGGAGGAGGAGGGGGCGCGCGGAGGUGCUGGGGAGCAGAAGCUGGGAUCUUUCCGAUUUCAGACUCCAGCGGCUUAAUCCUCUCCCAGGCCUGCAGGAAAGGGAGGACGAGGGUGUUGCAAGCCAAAUUUCAUCAUCAGCGGCAGCCCCAACAGAGGGAGGAGGCGGCGAGGGGCAAACAGACGGGAGAGGCAGCGCGCUGGCGCAGAAAGGGGAGUUGUUUGGAAACAGGGUAAAAGGCGGCCCUCUCAGCCUCAGCGCACAGACGGCUCAGCUCGGCAGGAGCUGGAACUCCAGGCCGCGUGGGGCACACACUUGGGCACAUGUAUGUGAAUACAAAGGACCUCUGGGCACACGGGCUCACCUUUUUGGGAACUAACACCAGGCUGUUGUCUGCUGCACCUCACACAGUGACUGGCACAGAAUAGACUUAAAAAACACUGAGUGACAGGCUGAAUGUCUGGGGGAAUGUUGAUGUCACAGCUCCACAUGCUUCUGGAAUCUGGCUCUUCCUCCCCUGGCCAUCUGCCUGGUGGGCCUAGGCAUGUGCAGAUUGCUGGCUUCCUGGGUUUCCUGGGCCCGCUAUGGUCUACACAGGUCAGUGAGCGUCACCUGGGGAGCUCGUAGGUCCCGGCUGCUUCUACUUAGAUGACACAACUACCCAGAGCUAGAAGAACUGACUACCUGCUAGCUGAGCACCUAUUACAGGCGAGCCCCUGUGGGGGAAGCCCCGAGUUUCCCAGGAUCAGUCAUAAGUGGGUUCUGCCUUCGAGGAGCUUAUGGCCCAACAGGGAUGAUCAGACACCUAGGUAACUGACUCAGAUAGAUGAAAGAGUAGGAUGCCUGCCUGGAAAGAGGGACUAAUAAAAUGCUCAAAGGAAGGAGAGCUGACCAUGACCAGGAAAGCAUCUUGGAGGAGAUGGGUAGGAGUUUGAACUGACAUGGGAGGAAGGCAAAGCAUUUCAGAGGGAGGGAUAGUAUGAAAAAUAAUGAAAAAAAGAUGGGGGAUCAGGGUGAAGCAAAGUGAUAGUAAUUUAUCUAGUGGGUGAGGGGGAAUAACGUGGGCCAAGGUUGGGAAGCAGGAAGCAGCGAGGACAUGGAGUUUCCCAACAUGUAGAGAAGCUUGGAUUUGUCCCAGGGUCACUUAGGAACAACUGAAGGGUUUUGAGCAGGAGAUGGCAUGACCAAAGUGGUACUGGGGUAAGAUAAAGAUAGCCAACAUUUAUUGAGCACUUAUGUGCUGGGCGUUACAGUAAAUGCUAUGAAAGGAAUUAUCUCUCAUUCAAUCCUCACAACCAUCCUCUUUGGUAGUAAUAUCAUCCCAUUUUAUAGAUAAGGAGAUAGUCACAGAGGUGUUGGCAAUAGAAUGGUGACAGGAAGUUUAGAAUAAAGGAUAAAUUCUUUUCUUUCUUUCUUUUUUUUUUUGAGACAGAGUCUCACUCUGUCACCCUGGGUUGAGUGACCUGGUGUCAUGAUAGCUCACAGCAACCUCAAACUCUUGGGCUUAAGUGAUUCCCUUGCCUCAGUCUCCCAAGUAUCUGGGACUCUAGGCACCACCACAACCUGCUGGGCUAGUAUUUCUACUUUUAGUAGAGAUGGGGUCUUGUUCUAGCUCAAGCUGGUCUUGAACCCCUGAGCUCAAGCAAUCUACCUGUCUUGGCUUCCUAGAGUACUAGGAUUAAAGGUAUGGCUAAUAGGGUGGCGCCUGUGGCUCAGUCAGUAGGGCGCCAGCCCCAUAUACAGAGGGUGGCGGGUUCAAACCCGGCCCCGGCCAAACUGCAACCAAAAAAUAGCCGGGCGUUGUGGCGGGCGCCUGUAGUCUUAGCUACUCGGGAGGCUGAGGCAAGAGAAUUGCUUAAGCCCAGGAGUUGGAAGUUGCUGUGAGCUGUGUGAGGCUACAGCACUUUACAGAGGGCCAUAAAGUGAGACUCUGUCUCUACAAACAAAAAAAAAAAAAAGAAGAAGGUAUGGCUAAUAGGAAAAAUUGUUUAAUAUCUCAGGCACUUUUGAGUAAGGAAAAGAAUGCACAUAUUUUUUAUAUUUUGAUGUUCAAUUUUUUAAUCUCUAUGCAAUCCAUUGACAUUCCCCUAAAUAUUCUCAUGUGACUUAUACAACCAAUAAGUAAAAAACUUAUGAAUUUAGCAGGUUAUAUUUCUUUAAUUUUUUUGUUUCUUUAAAUAUUUAAAUAUCAGUUGCAAAUAAAAUCAAACUUCAUAAGUCCAUCAGUUUUUCUUAAAAGCUUUAACCAUCUUUAAAAACACAAAACAUACAAUUGCAAAAAAAAAAAAGAAAAGAAACCCAUUCCAACCAUUACACAAACAAUUUCAUGAAUUUAAAAUUCUUUGUUCAGUAUUUCUAAUUUUACUUUCUUUAUUCUUAUUCUUUUUCUUCCCAGGGAUAGGAUUUUCCUGACUUAAACUAGAGAGUAGAGAUUUACUUUCUCCCAGAGGCUGAGGCUGCAGAUGGGGUUAGCUGGGGAGGGUUUGGGACUGGGCCCACAAAUCCUGGUGGGGUGGGGCUGCCGAGGAGAUUCUCCUGGAGCUCAUUAUGCAGCCCUUUACCUAUUUCAUCAGAAAUUGUCCUCCUUAUGCUCAGACCAAUCUUAGGUUCUAAUUUUUUGCACAUGACCCUAAUCUUUUCCCCAAAAUAAUUCUAGUUUUGAGUGCCUUAUCUUUCCAGUACAGCCCACCAUAUAACCACUGUUCUGAGUGGGGCCUGGUCUGGUUCAGUUAAGUCGAAAGCCCUUGGUCAAUUGGUUAACUGGAACUACAGCCUUUCCUUCUCAUCAACUGCUAAGACCUACAAUAUUGUCAGCUAGGGCGCUGAAGCAGGGAUCUAAGACGAGGUAUUAAGGACUUGAAUUAGGGCACUGGCAACAGAAAUAAAAAGGAAAUGACAGUUUUCAGAGAGUCCAUGAAGGCAAAAUUGACUUUUAUUAAAUGGGGGGAUAAUAGCUUACCGCAGAAGCAAAUGAAAAUAAAUGUGAAGCCCUUUGUAUUAUACUUUGUAAGCACCACUAAAUCCCAGUUGUUUUUGUUUUUGUUAUUAUGUUACCAUCAUGAGAUGACCAAGGACAAAACCUUAAGAGGUUCACCCAAAUUUAAGAGGUGAACAGAAAAAGAAGAGGCAGAAAGAUGGAUACUACGAUGCUGAAUUUGCGGAAUCUGUUUGAGCAGCUUGUGCGCCGGGUGGAGAUUCUCAGUGAAGGAAAUGAACUCCAAUUCAUUCAGUUGGCGAAGGACUUUGAGGAUUUCCGUAAAAAGUGGCAGAGAACAGACCACGAGCUGGGGAAAUACAAAGAUCUUUUGAUGAAAGCAGAGACUGAGCGUAGCGCUUUGGAUGUUAAGCUGAAGCAUGCACGUAAUCAGGUGGAUGUAGAGAUCAAACGGAGACAGAGAGCUGAGGCUGACUGUGAAAAGCUGGAACGACAGAUUCAGCUGAUUCGAGAGAUGCUCAUGUGUGACACAUCUGGCAGCAUUCAACUAAGCGAAGAGCAAAAAUCAGCUCUGGCUUUUCUCAACAGAGGCCAACCGUCUAGCGGCAAUGCUGGGAACAAAAGACUAUCAACCAUUGAUGAAUCUGGUUCCAUUUUAUCAGAUAUCAGCUUUGACAAGACUGACGAAUCAUUGCAGGAUUGGGAUUCUACUUUGGUGAAGACUUUCAAACUAAAGAAGAGAGAAAAGAGGCGCUCUAACAGCCGACAGUUCAUUGAUGGUCCCCCUGGACCUAUAAAGAAAACUCGUUCUAUUGGCUCCACAGUAGACCAGGGAAAUGAAUCCAUAGUUGCAAAAACUACAGUGACUGUUCCCAAUGAUGGUGGGCCCAUUGAAGCUGUGUCUACUAUUGAGACUGUGCCAUAUUGGACCAGGAGCCGAAGGAAAACAGGUACUUUGCAGCCUUGGAACAGUGACUCCACCUUGAGCAGCAGGCAGCUGGAGCCAAGAACUGAGGUAGACAACGCAGGCACGCCGCAGAAUAUGAAUGGAGGCAUGCGCCUACAUGACUUUGUCUCUAAGACGGUUAUUAAACCCGAAUCCUGUGUUCCAUGUGGGAAGCGGAUAAAAUUUGGCAAGCUCUCUCUUAAGUGUCGAGACUGUCGUGUGGUCUCUCAUCCAGAGUGUCGGGACCGCUGUCCCCUUCCCUGUAUUCCCACCCUGAUAGGAACACCUGUCAAGAUUGGAGAGGGAAUGCUGGCAGAUUUUGUGUCCCAGACUUCCCCAAUGAUCCCUUCCAUUGUUGUCCACUGUGUAAAUGAGAUUGAGCAAAGAGGACUGACUGAGACAGGCCUAUACAGGAUCUCGGGCUGUGACCGGACAGUAAAAGAGCUGAAAGAGAAAUUCCUCAGAGCAAAAAAUGUACCCCUCCUCAGCAAAGUGGAUGAUAUCCAUGCUAUCUGUAGCCUCCUAAAAGACUUCCUCCGAAACCUCAAAGAGCCCCUUCUGACCUUCCGGCUAAACAAAGCCUUUAUGGAAGCAGCAGAAAUUACAGAUGAAGACAACAGCAUAGCUGCCAUAUACCAGGCUGUUGGUGAACUUCCCCAGGCCAACAGGGACACAUUAGCUUUCCUAAUGAUUCACUUGCAGAGAGUGGCUCUGAGUCCACAUACUAAAAUGGAUGUUGCCAAUCUGGCCAAAGUCUUCGGUCCUACAAUAGUUGCCCAUGCUGUGCCCAAUCCAGACCCUGUGACAAUGUUACAGGACACCAAGCGCCAACCCAAGGUGGUAGAGCGCCUACUUUCAUUGCCCCUGGAAUAUUGGAGUCAGUUCAUGAUGGUGGAGCAAGAGAACAUUGACCCUCUGCAUGUCAUUGAAAACUCAAACGCCUUUUCAACACCACAGACACCUGAUAUUAAAGUGAGUUUACUGGGGCCUGUAACCACUCCUGAGCAUCAGCUUCUCAAGACUCCUUCAUCUAGUUCCCUGUCGCAGAGAGUCCGCUCCACCCUCUCCAAGAACACUCCCAGAUUUGGGAGCAAAAGCAAGUCUGCCACAAACCUAGGACGACAAGGCAACUUUUUUGCUUCUCCAAUGCUCAAGUGAAGUCACUUUUGCCUAUUACAUCCCAGCAUUGACUGUAAGAAAGGACACUGUAUUUUCAGCUCUGCAGCCUCCUGUACUUACUACUACUGUUAACAUUCUCUAGGCUCUUAAUCUAGUGUAAUUGUGCAUGAGGGUUUCGUUAAAACUAUUCUGUAUCUCCCUCUCCUCUUCGUGUAACCGUAUCAGCACCUUAUGCCUGGUCAUUGUUGGGCACUUUUAGAUGAGAGAUUUUUCCACAUGUAGAAGGGAUAGUAUGGAAUUCGCUGUCGUUCUUUUUGGAAGAGGGGCUAUGCCCCUGUGGCUUAAAGCCAAAUUCUGUUCAUGGAAUGACCUUUCUCUGGUAUCAUAGAGCUGAUUUCCACGAGACAAUGACAGAAACUCCUCCACUCUGGUCAGACUGACUUGUUUCAGGGUGGAAAGUAGGAAGGCAGGUUAAGGAAAGGGUUGGGUAGGGGAUUUAGGAUGGUACCUUCUCAGAACUCAGAAGUUCCCCUUCCUCUUUUAUGAAUUGAGCUAUAUAGCACGGAGCCUUUAAAAAAUGGGAUAGGUUGAGGAUGGAACUAGCAGUGAGAGUGUGCUUAGUUUUAAUUUGGAUUGAUUAGAUGUUAAUAGUGUUAAGUGGCACAACAUUUUAAAGGUGAUAGUACAGCUUGUAUUUAUCUAUUUAUCUGGCUAGACUUUGGGUUUGAUUGAGUCAAAACCAGUUUGUUUGUUCUAAAGUUGAAUUCAUUCUAAAGCUUGAUUUUCCCCUACCAACCUCGUCCAAUGAAGCCUCCUUCUAAAGGUCAGUAUGUCUGUUUGGCAUCCCAACUAACAAUUAAGAGUAGGCUGGAAGGGAAGAUUGUCAAUAUUUCAUGUGGUAAGAAAAGCCACAGUCAUUUUAUCUUUGCACUUUGGAUGCUGAAAUUUUCCCAUGGAACGUAGCCACAUCUAGAUAAAUGUGAGCUUUUUCUUCUAUUAGAAUUAUUCUCGAUGUCUGUAAAAAUGGUUUCUUACAUAGAAUGUUUCUGACUCAUACUGACCCUUGUCUGUAAAAUACAUGUUUGAAAUAAUAUUUGGAAAAGAAGUAAAUAGAUUUUUCAGAAUGAA